CACAAGUAAAAGAGAAAUUUGCCCGCCCAAAAUAUAUAUCUAAAACAGUGCACCACAUUCAAUGAAGGUCACGCUUUUCGAUAGAAUUGUUCGUUACUUGCCAAAGCCCAACACUCCGUGUCUCUUUGCCUUCCCCUUUAAUUUUUUUUUCCUAUCGUUUCCCUCCCUCGCCUCUCUACGCGCCAAUGUUACCUGAAAAUCGAUUCUUUGAUCGGUUUUUGAUUUCCUUGGUGCCCUCAGCAAGCGUUCAGAAAAAUGCCUGAACCAUGGCCACCUUCACUUCAUCGUUCCAUACUUUUGUCUGGCCUCAUUCGUUUUUAACAAAUUUCAGUUCUCGGGUUUUCCCGUCUUGUUUCUGCGGGGUCAACCCGGGGAAUAAAGCGAAUUUGGUGUCUCUGAAGUUGAAUCUUAUUCGUGGUUUGGAGUUUGGGGAAGAGAAGAAAAGGGUUUCUCGGUGGUCUUGUUGGUGCAAGAAAGGGUGGGAGAACGACGGGGAUUUGGCAUUGGAAGCAGAGAUAUUGGAGUUCAUGAAAAAUAGCGAGAAACCUGAGUCUUUUCCAAGCAAGAAAGAGUUGAUUGAUGCUGGGAGGAUGGAUCUGGUUGAGGGGAUUAAGAGACAAGGAGGGUGGCUUGCUAUGGGCUGGGACUUGGAUGAUGAUAAAGGUAUUGGAUUUCAAGAAAAUCGUUUUCCAGAAGGUGGUUUCGAAAAUUCGGACUUAAUCGUGAAGGAGAAGGAAUGGGAUGACGAGACUUUUCAAGAAAGGGUUCAAAGUGAAGUUGAAACUAGUAGUGGGACUUCUGCUUUAGUUGUUAAUUCGUAUUGCUCACCUUCCUCGUCUGCUAGAUCAGUAGAAGUAGCAGCUGAGCAUGACUAUGGGAUUGAGGGUAUACUGAGUCGUUUAGAGAGAGAAAGGAAUAGGAACUUUGGGUUUGGUUUCAGAGAGAAAGGUGACAAUACUUGUACUCAAAGUAAUGAUUACGAAGAAGAGUCUCUUGUGGAAGCCUCAAUGGAUGUGACAGUUGGUGGUCUUGUGAGAAGAAAACUGUUUUCCUUCAGCGAUAAUACAGACCCAGUCAAUGAUAAUAGGAUCAAGUUUAGUCAGAACCAGUCUCUUUCAGGCAUUGACGGUUUAAGAAAUCCAACAUGGAGAGAGUGGAGCCUUCAAAGAGCAGGGUUUGUAGGCAAGGAAUUUGAAGGGGAUGAGACACUUGAAAUAAGAGAUAAAUCCAGUGAAGCCAGAAGGAAGGUUUCACACAAUGAAAUACGAAGUCGUCUUGAGCACCUGAAGUUAGAGCUUUCAGCGGUGCUUCAGUCAUUGAGGUCUAAUGUUGAUGAGGUUUCGUCAUGGCAGGGUGAUGGAAGUUCCACUGACAAUUUGCAUAAGCUUUCUGAUGCUUGGGAGUUCCAGGAAAAUGAGAUAAUGAAUGCCCAGGACAAGUUGCGGUCCAUACGGGCAAGGUUGGCGGUUUUAGAAGGGAAGAUGGCAUUGGCAAUAAUAGGCACACAAAAGACAAUGGAAGAGAAACAGAAAAGGAUUGAUGAUGCUCGUAGAGCUUUACAACUUCUUCGAACUGCUUGCAUAGUGUGGCCUAAUUCUGCAUCAGAGGUGCUGUUAGCAGGAUCGUAUGAUGGGUGGGCAAGCAAGCUUACAAUCAUAUCUUGCAGAGAAAGAUGGAGAAGUCAAGUGCUGGUGUUUUUUCAGUACGUUUGAAGUUGUAUCCAGGCAAAUAUGAGGUAUGUCUUUUUGUCUACAUUUCAAAAUUACGUGAUGGAUAGCUGAGAAUAUUUACCUUGUGGCAUAGAUUAAGUUCAUUGUUGAUGGUAAAUGGACGAUUGAUCCCUUGCGCCCUAUUGUUAACAACAAUGGAUAUGAGAAUAAUCUACUUGUCAUCACAUAAGGAGGCCAGACUCCAGAGGCAUGCAACAAUGGGCAUGGCAAGAUUUUCAUUUCAUCAUAAAGACGAUGUAGGGUAAAUGCAGCUGAUUUUUCUUUUUACUUUUCCAUUUUCCCUCUUGUAAACAAGUAGAAUAGGGCUGGUAGAAGAUGAUACUUCCUAAUGAUUCUUUACCAAAAGGGGAAUCAGAUAAAUGUAACGCAACCAGACGACUGUUACAAUACCCAUUUUCCCUUAAAUUUUGUGUUUUCUACCUUGUCGGAACACCUAUGUGAAUAAUGAGAUGACAUCAAUUUGAUCAUUCUUUUUAUCAU